GAAGGCGAGACGUCUCGCGGUUCACCGGUGAAUGCGUGCUUGUUCUCGCCCUUACUCGUCGCCUCUCAUCAUUCUUCGACAUUAUCUUCAUUCUCGUUUUUGAGUAAAAAAUUUUGACAAACCUUCACAAGAAAUAUAAUUUUUAUUUUUAGACGCCGAUAAAACCAGUGCAAGGUUUGAAGACCGAAAUCUACAAUGGCACUUUCACUUUCCAGAACACUUUCGUUGAAAUUGUUAAACUCUUCCGUUUUCCUUUCUCCCCAAAAGAUACCAGCAUUGCUAGGUGGUUGCCGAACUCUGUUUGCUGUCCAAGCCUUAGGCGUUGAUGGUUAUGAGAAACAAAGGGAAAGAACAGUUCAACAAUUUGCUGGAAUGACGGAUAAAUUCAGGGAGAAGAUGAAGGAGUUUUCCACAACUGGGUCUAAAAACAUGAUAUUUACAGAAGAUUUGAAGAACAUGGUCCAUAUGAUUGAAGAUAAUCCGGAAGAUAUGGCCCUUGUUCUUCAAAUGAUGAAGCGGUUUAACCAACAAAACCGUCAUUUACGAUUUGGAAAUUUUGUUUUUGGACCUGUCGUUAUGAGAAUGUAUCAUUUCCUGAACCAGCCAACCCAAGCCCUUCAGGCAUUCAAGGAUCCAGAGUUGGAAGGAUUUUUUGAUCAGCUAGCCACGUACCAAGUUCUGUGCGACUUGUUAUACAACAACGCAAUGUACCAAGAAGUUAUUGACGUUUUCGAAAUUGUCAAAUCUAAACAAGUUCAAGGUACAAAAUAUCCUCGGAAUGUUCUGGUAAUCGUAUUUGCAAGUUGUUAUAAACUGAAUACUGUACAAAGCUACGAAUACGCUUUGAGCUUGUUGCAGCAAAUGAAAACAGUAGGCGCACUACCUGUCAGACGUCUUGUAACGUAUGCUGCUGGUCUUGCAGUGAAUCAAAACGCUCCAAAUAUUGCACUAGAAAUAUUAUCCUUGUCCGGUGUCAGCAAUUAUGUGACUAUCCGAAAUCUGAAGUUGUUGAGCUUGAGUGAACUUGGCCGACCUGAAGAUUGUUUGCCUAUUCUUCGAACGUCUAUUGAAGUUGACAAUCCAACAGGAGAAAAAAGAUCUACCGUCUGCUCCGAUGUAUUGGAGAAGGUGGCUCAAGCUGUAGCGAAGGCUAACAACAAGGAAGUUACUGUCGAAUUUGAGAAAAUAACGAAAGCCCUGAAGGAAACUGGUCAGAUCUCAGAGAAUUUAAAAAGCAUCCUCGAUGCUGACAUAAGUGCACCCGACGCGGACAGGCGAUUCCCACAAGGCCAACAACGUCAAUCAAUGCAACGAAGUUUUCGCAUUGGACAAAGCCUUGAUUUGCGUCCCAGAAGAAAUCCUUUGUACGAACGAGAACGACAAAGCAUCCGCUCUGAUUGAUUAUAAAAAUUUAUACAAAAAAUAAAUAUUGCUACAUAAUUCAUGUAGAUAAAUAGUCAGUGGCGGAUCUGCCAUAUUGCAUUACGUAAGUUUGUAGGAUUUUUAAUAACGAAAGUUAAUAAAUUACAUCUCUAAUUGAUGAACAAAGAA